AUGAAGUUCCUCUCGCUCCUUUCCGCCGUGCUGGUCUCGCUCGCUCUGGUCUCCGCCGACUCGGGCAGCGUCGCCACUGGUGCCGAGCAGGGCAAGGUCCCGCAGCUCCUCACCAUCAUCAACGAGCUCGAACACGCAAACCCGACCGACGCUGGCUUCGCAGCUGACUACGCCGACCAGCUGCCUAAGCUCGCCACGCUGCACCGCCAGGUCGAGGAGCAGUUUGGCGAGAAGCAGGUGCGCAAGCUCUACGGCGACGAUGCGGGCGCCGACAAGCUGAUUGCGCUCGUCAAGGGCAUUGCCGGUGACGCGGCGGAAAAGCGCGACGUGAAGAAGGGCAACAAGACAGAACAUGUCAAGCAUCCCGAGCACAAAGAGCACAAGGUGAAGCACGGCAAGGAGGCCAAGAAGCACAAGCAGGGUGACAACAAGUCGACGGCGCACAAGAGCGCUAAGCACGCUGAGCACAAGGCCGAGCACAAGCACGGUGAGAAAAAGUCUUCGGUUCCUGCUCACGACAAGCGUGCGGCUGAGAAGAAGUCCCAGAAGCCGGCUCACAAGCACUCCAAGGAGUCCACCCCCGCCUCGGACAAGAAGCAGGCCACUACCCACAAGAAGCAGGCCGCUACCCACAAGAAGGAAGGCGCUACCCACAAGAAGGAAGGCGCUACCCACACGAAGGAAGGCACUGCUCACAAGAAGGAGCACGCUCACGCCAAGAAGCCCGCCACCUCCGCCCCCGUUCACAAGGAGCACAAGAAGCCUGCUCACAAGCACAAGACCAAGAAGGCUGCUGCCCAGACCACGACUGCUUAG